AUGAAAAUAAUUAAUAGUUUUAUAGUUUAUCUCAUCACAUUAGUAGUAAAUAAGUGCAAUGGUGAAUUAAAUGCCACAAGAAAGUGCGAUGAAGGAUGGCAGGGGAAGGAUUGUGAAUUUUGUGCAGGAAAAAUAAGAUUAACAGAGCCAAAAGGAACGAUACAUGAUGGCAUAGGAAAUUAUUCAAUAGGCGUAAAAUGUUCGUGGCUCAUAGAUGCUCGAGGUCCUUUUCAACCAUCAUCACCAAAUAACACAAAUUCAGUAAAAAAGAAACCUAAACGAAUACGAUUACAUCUUGAAGAAUUUGCCACAGAGUGCUCAUGGGAUCACUUAUAUAUUUAUGAUGGUGACAGUGUUCAAAGUCCUUUACUCGCUGUAUUUAGUGGCUUAAUGUACAAAAGUAAUUUCUCAAUUCGUCGCAUUCCAGAAGUUGUUGCUCAUUCUGGUGCAACUCUACUUCACUUUUUCAGUGAUGAUGCUUAUAACAUGUCAGGCUUUAAUAUUUCUUAUCGCUUUGACUCGUGUCCAACGACAGAUUCAUCCUUAAUCUGCUCGGGUCAUGGUGUGUGCAUAGACGAUGGGAAAUGUACAUGCGAUGCUGCAUAUAUGGGAACAGCGUGUCACAUUCCAAAAUGUCCAAAUAAUUGUUCAUAUCCAAAUGGGCAUUGCGACAGAGAAAGACAUCGAUGUAUUUGUACAAAUGAGUAUGCUGGCUCUGAUUGUAAGCAGAAAGCAUCGCAUGGGUACUGGGAGACGAUCGAUACAGAUACAAAGUCAUUUUCUCCUCCUGGCAGCGCAUCACAUGGCAGUGCUACUUAUGGUGACACAAUGUUUGUGAUUGGGGGAGAAAGUUAUGAGCGAGGCGAGCUGCUUUAUGCGUAUGAUUUUAAUGGAAAUAUUUGGGAGACAGUGCACGUCGAUAAUUCGCCAUUGAUGAGAUAUAGUGCAAGUACAGUGAUUUAUGGUGACAAAAUUUUUAUGUAUGGCGGUGUUAUUAAAGGAAGUAGUGUUACGAAUGAACUAUGGGCAUUUGACGUGUCGGCAAGAACAUGGGAGAAUAUAACAGUGAAAACAGAAGCAUGUAAUAUUACAGCAAAUUUAAUGUGUCCAUUGCCACUAGAAUCUUCUGGACAUACAGCAAAUAUAGUUCCAAUACAUGACGGUGCCAAAACACAGUAUUAUAUGAUUGUGAUUUUUGGUCAUUCGCCUAAUUUUGGAUUUUUAAAUACCGUACAGGAAUAUAAUUUAGGAACACGUGAAUGGAAAAUAGUCUCGACUCAUGGAUAUCCUGUAAAGGGUGGAUAUGGUCACAGUUCAAGUUAUGAUGAACUAACAGAGAAGAUUUAUGUUUACGGUGGAAUAAUUAGUGAAUCGGAAUCACAACAGCUAUUAAGCAAUAAACUUUAUAGUUAUGAUCCGAAAACUCAUGAAUGGAAAUUAUUAAUAUCAUCAACAACGGCACGUUACUUACAUACAGCAAAUUUCAUUUCCGAUGGUUUAAUGAUGGUCUUUGGAGGUAAUACACAUAAUGAUACAAGUCAUAGCUUCGGUGCCAAAUGUUAUAGUAUGGAUCUUCUACUUUAUGAUGUUCUUUGCGACAGCUGGCAUCAUCAUCCUAUGCCGAGUGAAUUACAGGCAGACUUGUCUAGAUUUGGACAUUCAUCGCAAAUCUUUGAGAAAAAAUUGUACAUUUAUGGGGGAUUCGAUGGUCAAAUGCUUACGGAUUUGUUGAGAUUUACACCGGGAAAUUGUGAGUCAUUAGAUCGCAUUGAUGUAUGUCUAAAUACACGACCGGGUGUUAAAUGUGUAUGGGAUCAUCAAGACUCAAAAUGUAAGGCAAUAAAUGAGCUUCAAAAAGGAUUAAUUUUUCAACGAGGCGAUGAGUACAUUCAAAAAUGUAUUAAGCGUAGUCGAAUGGAAAUGACACAAGAACAUAUUGCAAAGCAACAGCAAUGCUCAGAUCAACAUUCAUGUCAUGCUUGCGUCUCGACUAGUUCAUCAUGUAGUUAUUGUAAUAAUCCAUCCAUUAGACGCGGAACUUGCGUAUUAGAAAAAUGUACAGAUCCUUCAGGCGCAAAACAGCGCUCACAAUUCUCACUGACGCCUAUCAAGCAAAUCGACAAGUGUCCAAAAGAAGUCGAACCAUUAUGUGGACAGCUCCAUAAAUGUCAAUCAUGCAUGUCUAAUCCUGUAUGUUUCUGGAGUGUUGAUCAUAAUAAAUGUAUGUCUUAUGGAAACCGUUCAAAUGAGGAAACAUAUCCAUGUCCUCCAGCAUGCUCAUCAUUAACUACAUGUGCAAAUUGUACACAAGAAGAUUGUAUUUGGUGUCAAAAUGAGGAACGUUGUGUUGAUAAGAAUGCUUAUACAGCUAGUUUUCCUUAUGGUCAGUGUCGUGAAUGGACCACUUUUCCAGGAAAAUGUCGAGCACCAACAACAGGUUUAUCGCAGUGCUCAUUUUAUAAGACUUGUGAGAAAUGUCGAGAAGAAAUUGCAUGUGGAUGGUGUGAUGAUGGUUCGAAUACGGGUCUUGGAAAAUGUCUUGAUGGUGGUGAUUCUGGUCCGCAAGAUCUAAUGUCAUGUCCUGCAAAUCAUUGGCACUUUACUCAUUGUCCAAGUUGUCAAUGUAAUGGACAUUCAACAUGUAAAGAUGGCUCAACUUGUGGACAAUGUGAUGCUCAUAUAUUUGGUGCAAAUUGUGAAAAGUGUAAGCCUGGCUAUUGGGGUAGUCCAGUGAAUGGCGGUGAAUGUAAAUUGUGUGAAUGUAAUAAUCAAGCAACUUCAUGUCAUCCUGAGACAGGAAAAUGUUUUUGUAGCACUAAAGGACUCGCUGGUGAUCAUUGCGAGAAAUGUGAUGCUACAAAUCAUUAUCAUGGUGAUCCUAAAUUAGGCUCAUGCUACUACGACCUCACAAUCGAUUAUCAAUUUACAUUUAAUUUGUCGAAAAAGGAGGAUCGACAUUAUACACAAAUUAAUUUCCGUAAUUCACCUGUUAAGGCUGAUAUAGAUGCCGAUUUUACGAUAACAUGUAGCGUACCGGCUAAAAUGAAUGUAACGAUGAAGACAUUGGGGCAGGAUCGAGAAAAGCCUCUUUUUAUGAAUAUAAAUUGUACAACAUUCAGACAACGAUUUUCGAAAGCAGAAUAUCAAUUUGGCUAUGAAAAUAAUCAAACAACAACUACUUUUUAUGUGUAUGUGUACGACUUUCAACCUCCUUUAUGGAUACAAAUCGCAUUCUCGCAAUAUCCUAAACUAAAUCUACAACAAUUCUUCGUGACGUUCUCGACAUGUUUCUUGCUGCUUCUUCUAAUGGCAGCGAUUUUAUGGAAAAUAAAGCAAAAAUAUGAUAUGUUUCGUCGUCGACAACGCUUAUUUGUUGAGAUGGAACAAAUGGCUUCAAGACCUUUCUCGCAGGUUCUGGUUGAAAUAGAUAGUAAGGAUCGUGAAUAUAAUGAGAUUACACCAGUAGCAGAUACGAAUAAUACAAUAAGUACGAAUGUAACAAAGAAACGUAAGAAAGAUUCACCUAGUCCAAUUGCAUUGGAACCGUGUGCUGGAAAUAAAGCCGCAGUCUUAUCGUUACUUGUGCGAAUGCCAACUGGCGGUUUGCCACAUUCACCUUCAGGGCAAUCGUCGGGAUUAGCAGUAGCAAGUGCACUCGUUACGCUUGGAAAUCCACGGAGACCUUCUAUAGACUUAAAUAAUCCAAAAGAUACCAACACAAAAAGUAACAAACGUAAACAAAGUCAACAUCCAGAUAAUUUAUAA